AUUUGUGAUAUUUUAAUAAACAAAAACAAAAAGAAGAAAAAAAGAUUAAUAAAGAAAUUUAUAAUUAAAGGAAUCUAUGUUAAGUGUAAGUUAAUAUCUUAUACGAGAGAUAUUAAAGAAAUAAAAUAAAAAGAAGUAAAAAUGCCUAUAAAGUAGGGCGGCAAAAGACUUCCAAACGUAUAAAUUGUAUCAACACCAGCAAAGAGGUUUCGCAUUUGAAUUAUUUUGCCGAAACAAAGCAACAUCUUUCUCUAAGUCGCCACAAAGAAUUGGUCGUGAUUCAUAAUUAGAAGAGUAAAGCCCAGAGAUAACGGUUUUCAUGUAAACAUUAAAAAAAAACAUCCAUGAAGUUAUAGAGAGGUUGAGGAGGGAAUUUUCUUCGAAAUUUUUCUUGCAGCAAUUUCAAGAUAAAUAUAUUUUGAAAGAAUUAAAAACUUUGGCACGCUCAACCGGUUUAUUAUACUGACUUGACUGACCUUCAGGUCGCUGUCAUUUUGUUUACGUAUGAGUACUUAUCGUAACCGCAAAAUGAGCCACAAUUACAAUGAUAUCCCUUUUGGAGUAGUUACUAUACAACGUUUGGCUCGUAGUUGUUGUCCUCAAUUAAGAUGUAACAAACUGACGAUUUUUAAAGUCUCGACAUUCUUGUUAACCUACAUGGCUUAUACUUGUUACCAUAUGACAAGAAAGCCCAUAUCGGUAGUAAAAUCUGUCUUACAUGUUAAUUGUUCUUCAAAUAUAGUACACAAUUCCAGUUCCCACGAUUGCGGUUAUGCCCCUUUCGAUGGCAGCAAUGCUCAAGCUUUAUUUGCCAUUUUGGACUCGGCAUUUCUAUUUUCAUAUGCGGGCGCUAUGUUCAUAUCAGGCUUUGUUGGCGAGCGUGUAUCUUUACGUUACUUCUUAGCACUUGGCAUGAUUGUAUCAGGCGUUUGCUCGUAUCUGUUUGGCGUUGCGAAGACUUGGAACAUACAUAGCAUGGCCUAUUUCGUAUAUGUUCAGGCGUGCGCAGGUGUGGCUCAAACGACCGGCUGGCCCGGGGUGGUAACUUUAAUAGGUCGUUGGUUUGGUAAAGCUAAGCGUGGUCUAGUGUUUGGUAUUUGGAAUAGCCAUACGUCUAUAGGAAAUAUUUUGGGCACACUUAUUGCGGCUCAUUAUGUAGAAAUUGAUUGGGCUUUAUCAUUUAUGGUGCCGGGAAUUAUUAUCGCUCUUUGCGGUUUUGUGAUGUUCCUGUUUGUGGUCGACAGUCCCGAAAUGGUAGGAUGUAAUCCUCAAGGACCAGCUGCCGCUUUGGAACGCGAUACUGCCAAUGAAUCAGACAUUGAAGACAAUGAACGGUUAAGAAAUCGUCCAUCUGAACGUACUCCUAUUCUAGACCGGUCGAAUCCUCAAUUAAAUUCAAUUCAAAGACCAAUUAGCUUAAAAGACGCUCUGCACAUACCGGGCGUAGUAGAAUUUUCCUUGUGUUUGUUUUUUUCAAAACUGGUUAGCUAUACAUUCCUUUACUGGCUGCCUUUGUACAUACUAUCGUCAAGUACUUUGGGUCCCGCCUUAUCGGCCGAUUUAUCUGUACUUUUCGACGUAGGUGGAAUAUUCGGUGCUAUUGUAGCCGGUUUAAUUUCUGAUUUAACAGGCAUGUCAGCAACCACAUGCACCGUAAUGUUGUUCCUCGCUGCCCCUGUGCUCUUAUUAUAUCAACAAUUCGGCAAUGUGUCGGUAUUCAUGAGUAUAUUUCUCUUGGUUACCACUGGUUUUCUGGUUAACGGUCCGUACGCCUUAAUAACCACUUCCGUCAGUGCUGAAUUAGGUCAGCAUAGUUCUUUAGAAGGUAACGCUAAGGCAUUAGCCACUGUCACUGCCAUUAUUGAUGGUACUGGUUCCAUAGGCGCCGCCGUGGGUCCUUUAAUGGCCGGCAUGAUAGCUAGUCGUGGAUGGCAAGACGUUUUCUACAUGCUAAUUAUAUCCGAUAUAUUGGCCAUGCUGUUUUUGGUGCGUUUAGUGAAGAAAGAAUACCAUAAGUUCAGGCGUAGCACCAGAACGCGGAUCGAGUGAUCGAGUGAUGAUUGGUGAUUGUAUAACUUUUUUAUUUGGAUCCUCUUCUAAAUGUGUUACACAAGCCAAUUAUUUUUUAGCACAAUUUAAUCCUAUCUAUAUGUACUUUUAUUAUAUUGAUAGAAUAUAAUAUAUAUACAUAUUAUUCCUUUGUAUGCGUACGCAAAUAUACGUAGAUAUACAUAUGACAUAUUUCUUAUUAGCCGCACUGACUGUACAGAAUUAUUAUUAUUAAUGAAAUAAUUUAAACUAUUAAUUAAAUAAUUUUUUUUAAACCAUUUUAAAAUAAUUAAUUAUUUAAUUAUAAUCAUAAAAUAUUUCCUACAAGUCAUCUGAGACGAAGCUAGUAAUAAAUUAGUUUAAAUUUUUAUUUGUAAAAUAUAAAACCUUUCCAUUGACGACGCAGAUAUCUGCAAGGAAAAUAUUUAGCAGAGUGUAGAACGAAAUCUCAAUAUAGGGAGAAUUGGUGAGACUGCAUUUGAUUGAAAUAAAGCCACGUAAUAUAGAAAAUAGAGAGACUUUAAUUAUUAUCGCCCAUACUCAGUCAGGUAGGAAGUCUGGUGCAGAUGUGCUUUCUCUAUAGCAAGUUAUCGAGUUGGGAUCUCGCGUACCGUAGGAUGCAAUGGAAUGACCGACUAAGGCCCGUCCCAGGAACUAUUGGCAGGGCGUUGUCACCAGAUUAGGCGACCCAACUUCUUAUAUAUGUAUUUUAUGAUACCUAUAAAUAAAAAUUGCAGAGGGUCUUCCGUAUGUCUUAUGCCUUGAACGCAGUGCGCCCACAUUAGAUUUCUCCUUCUGUGUGCAAUACAUAUAGGAAAAUUUAAUCGGUUGUCUUGUGUCGGUGGUUAUAAGACAACUGAGGAUGUGAAUAUUGGCAAUAAAAGUUUAAGGUGGACAUGAGGGUGAAAAAUUCCUUUAGAAGACUAAUGAAAUCCAACCACAAACGUACUCUUAAG